UUUCUUAAGAUGUAUAUAAAGUAUCUAAAGCAUCUUCCUGCACCAUUACAGUAAUGUAUUACUAAGCACAGUUUUACGGGAGAUGUUCGUAGUUCCCAUUGAGCGUGAACGCCGCGCACGGUCAUACUAGUGUGUUGUUUUCUGAUUGGACGAGCUACAGGAAGUGGGAAGACGGCUCACGCUCUGGGAAAAUACAACGGUUCUACCUCAAAUGAGCUGUGUUUUUACCUGAUUUUUACCUAGUUUUUAGUUCUAUGUGAAUUGCAGCGAGUGUUCAUUUGAAUGGAAUUUCAAAAAGUUGUAUAUAACACCUGUACACAGUUUGUUCUGUUAUGUUUCAUUGCGCUAAAAGCAGAGCGGCAGUCAGACGACGGAGGCGGCUGGUCUGUAAUCUCAGAUUUCAGAUUACAAGAUGAAGGUCCUUGUAACAUCGACGUGUUGGACAGCUCUCUACUCUCAUAUCGACAAUUUAUUGAAAGAUAUGCCUACAGCAGACCAGUGAUCCUGAGAGGCCUGACCGAUAACACAAAAUUCAGGACAUUAUGUUCCAAGUCAAGAUUACUAGAGGAAUAUGGAGAGAGGAGAGUGCGGCUCAGCACAGCUAACACUUACUCUUACAAGAAAGUGGACGUCCCGUUGCAGGAAUAUGUGGACAUUUUUCUAAGACCUCAAUCUGUGGACACACUUGGCAGCGACACGCUGUAUUUUUUUGGAGACAACAACUUCACCGAGUGGCAGAGUUUGUUUGAUUACUACAAGUCUCCGCCGUACGUCUUACCUCACACCAGCGGAGCAUACAGCUUCGGGAUUGCAGGUCCAGGGACAGGAGUCCCCUUUCACUGGCAUGGUCCUGGUUACUCUGAGGUCAUCUAUGGAAGAAAGCGCUGGUUCCUCUACCCACCAGACCAGGAGCCUCAUUUCCAUCCGAACCGGACCACUCUGUCCUGGUUGAUGGAGACCUACCCCAAUCUGCCCGAGGUGGAGGCCCCGCUGGAGUGCACCAUCAGGCCUGGAGAGGUUCUGUAUUUUCCUGACCACUGGUGGCACGCCACUCUCAACUUGGACACCAGCGUCUUCAUCUCAACCUUCCUCGGCUGAGCCUUACCUUAGGUUCUUCUUUGUUUUUUCUUUUGUUGUUGUUUUAGAAUUUUUUUUUACCACAGUUAUUCUCCACUCUUAACUAGAAGAAAACAUUGAUUGUAAAUAAGAAUAUUAUGCAAAUAUGGUCACCUCUGAUUCCAAAAAAGGAAUGGCAACAGCCUCAAUACCACAAACAAAUGUCCUCAUAUUGGUUACAUUCACUUCUUAUGAUGUCUACAGAGACAAGAGGAGAGCACUGUCUCAACUGAGCAAACCGACAGAGUUAUGAACUGUGAUAUUUAGGCUCAUGUUUUAAUUUGAAGCACCACAGUGACAUUCCAGGUGAACCUUUUUAAGUUUCCUUUAAUUUAACAGUUGCUCUAGUGCUCUGAUUAAUAAUAAUGUGUAUUUAAUGACCAAAUGAGCUGAUGAGACAAAGUCCUGAUCUGAGGCUUUUCAAGUUAUAUUUCUGUCUCUACUGUUUUAGGAUCAAUUACAGAGUUACCCUAAAUGACUUUUAUCCUUUUGUUUGUCUUCCUUCAAGUAUUAAAUAAAAAAAAAAAAAUUUUUUUACCACAUAUUACAUUUGCAUUGUCUGCCUAGGUGUUUUCGUUUAUGCAAAGCUAAAUGAUAACAUCACAUGUAAAUAAUGUGACAUUGCCAGUACUAAAGCAGCUAUGAUGUCUGUGUGUGGUUUAGCAUGCUAUAUCCUGCUAAUAAACGGUUAACACUGAAUUCACAGUUGUUGAGAUAUUUCAGUCUACAACCAAGUGGUGGGGCCAAACUGGCAAAAAAAAAACAACAACAACUUAUUAUUGCCAAAAAUAACACUUUUAUUCAACUUCUAUUAAGUGAAGGAGACGAGGAAACAAAACACGAUACAUUGUGGAACAUUUAUUUUCAAUGUGUUCAAAUGAAUCUCUUUGAAGAUGUAGCAGGUUGAUUGUUCAAGGUUUCCUUGUUGGACUGAUAUCUAAAGAAAAAUAAAGAAAUGAAGUACA